AAAAAAAAACACCUGUGUCAACCUGCACACGUGUUCGACCGCGGCAUUGAGCUUCCGCAACGAUCACAGCCAUGGUCCUGACCUCCUCGGCGCUCAAUGCGGCGCUUAUUCUCGUCUCCGUUGCUGUAGUAACAGGCGCCGUACUGUUAUUCGCCUGGAUUCGCGCUCCUAUUGCUGAAGCCAAGCGGCUCGCUGAAGAGCUGGACCCACCGCAAGAAGCCACGUACCAAGACCCGAAUACCAACAAACUAUUGCCAUUUGGGUCUUUAGGCGACGAGAAGGCUGAGGUGUCACUGACGGUGGUGAUUCCAGCGUACAAUGAGGAGCAACGUAUCCUGGUGACGAUCAAAGACACGGUGGCGUUUUUGGAUGAAAAGAAGCAGAAAGAUUCUUCGUUCUCGUACGAAAUUAUCAUAGUGGACGACUGCAGUACGGACAGAACAGUGGAUGUGGUCAUGAAGGAGGUGCAGGAGUACUCGGUGGAGCGUAUCCGUCUUUUGAAGCUACAGAAGAACCACGGCAAGGGUGGAGCCAUCCGCAAGGGCAUCAUGCGAGCUCGUGGUCUGCAGAUUUUGUUCGCAGAUGCAGACAAUGCUACGGAAAUUAGGGACUUUGACAAGCUGGCCACGGCCAUGGACGAAGCUGCAAACCCUAAUGGUGUGGUGGUGUGUGGUAGUCGCGCACACCUUGAGGAAGAGGCUAUUGCCAAGCGAAACCCGCUCCGGAACUUAUUGAUGCAUGGCUUCCACUUGAUCGUGUCGACGCUGUGCAUCAAAAAUGUGCGGGACACACAAUGUGGGUUCAAACUCUUUGAUCGCACAGCGGCACGUGUGCUGUUUGCUCCAAUGCAUAUCGAACGCUGGGCAUUUGACGUCGAGCUGCUGUACCUCGCAGCCAGCAGCAAAAUGGCAAUCAAGGUGCAUUUUGCUCAAAUACUGACGGAUUUAAUUUUUUUCUUACUUAGUUUUUAUUUUGCAGGAAGUCGCGGUGCAGUGGACAGAGGUGCCUGGUUCCAAGCUUAGUGUCAUCUCUGCUACGAUCACGAUGUUGCGAGAAAUUAUUCUCAUCCGUUUGUGUUACACUGUCGGCAUCUGGAAGAUCAACGAUGGUGGCUUCCGUCUCGCUAAAAGAACGUGAUUGCAAAAAUCCGCUAGGGUGUUGUGUACUUACUAGGUUUGAGCUACACAGAGUUAUCCAGGGCUCACAAGUUAAAAAAAUUCAUGCCUAUAUGUGUGCUACAACUUCCGCUGGGGGUGCUCAAUGGGGAAUCUUUCUGUGGUACCAUUGAUUUGUCUGCUUUGGGGUCUACAUGAAGGAAGAUACACAUAAUAGUUAGCACAACAAGCAAUGCGGUGGGCCUAGCUUUUCCAACGUACUCUUGCGCUCACAAUGCCCAAAGAUUUUCGUUUCUUGCGAAGUUGACC